AUGUGGUUAUCUUUAGCUUAUUAUCUAUGCACAGCUGAUGGAAUGCAAACCUUACAAGGAGCCUACAAGUCUGGCUGUGUCAUAGUGCUACAAAGGGGUUUUACAUCCUUCAGCACAAUGUUUAUGAAAAUAGAAGCCGUGUUUUGAAGACCUGUAUUACAGGUACUUCAUCAGUUUGUAAGACAUGCGUCCGAAACAGCUGCCAGUUUGAUUCUUGAAAGAUCCCUGAAUCGUGUGCAGUUACUUGGGCAAGUGGGUCAGGACCCUGUUUUGAGACAGGUGGAAGGAAAAAAUCCAGUCACAAUAUGUUCUCUUGCAACAAAUGAGAUGUGGCGAUCAGGGGAAAGUGAAGCUUACCAAAUGGGCGAUGUCAGUCAAAAGACAACGUGGCAUAGAAUAUCAGUAUUCCGGCCAGGCCUCAGAGAUGUGGCAUAUCAGUAUGUGAGAAAGGGGUCUCGAAUUUAUGUGGAAGGGAAAAUAGACUAUGGUGAAUACAUGGAUAAAAAUAAUGUGAGGCGACAAGCAACAACAAUCAUAGCUGAUAAUAUUAUAUUUCUGAGUGACCAGACAAAAGAGAAGGAGUAGAAUGGAUGACUCUUCUUUGGCUAUCACUUGGUACAGUCUCAUUUCCAAAUCAUGUAUAAUCCUUAUAGUUCCCAAGGACAAGAAUUAAAAUACUCUUUUACA